GUCUGUGUUGUGGAUAUAUCUGUUUGCCUUUUAAACAGUUUUAAUAGUGGGAUGGAAUGUUUAUUUAUAAAUUAUGAAUGAUAAUUGUGUCUGUGCAGUGGCCAUUUGCGCGUAAAGUAGCGCGAGUUCUAGUUAAUAUGUUGAACCUGCAUAAAUUGUCGCUCUUUUCGUGUCUCUGUGUUAUUGUUUUGAUUGCCCUGUAUUUUCACUCCGAGAUAGCUCGUUUAGAAGAUAGUUAUCGGAAAAUAGAAUACAGAUUGGUACAGUCGCAAUCCGAAUCUCGCCAGUUUUUCCCGAAACCAGGGGCGAAAGACGACGAUGAUUUGGUGGUUAUCUACAAUAGGGUGCCCAAAACGGGCUCCACAAGUUUUGUGGGAGUGGCAUACGAUUUGUGCAAGAAAAAUCACUUCAAAGUUCUCCAUAUUAACAUUACUGCUAACAUGCACGUUAUGACAUUGGAUAACCAGUACAAAUUUGCUCAAAAUGUAACCAAAUGGCAUGAGGUGAAGCCAGCGCUUUACCAUGGACACAUGGCCUUUUUGAACUUUGAGAGAUUGGGGACAUCAUCAAAGCCAAUAUUUAUAAAUUUGAUCCGUCGACCCCUGGACCGCCUUAUCUCGUACUACUACUUUCUCAGGAACGGAGAUAACUUUAGACCGCAUCUAGUUAGAAAAAAACAUGGAGACAAAAUGACUUUUGACGAGUGCGUAGAAAAGAGUCAGCCGGAUUGUGACCCCGCCAAUAUGUGGUUGCAAGUGCCGUUCUUCUGUGGACACUCCGCCCAGUGUUGGAAACCAGGCAACCACUGGGCGUUGGAGCAAGCGAAGCGAAAUCUUGUCAACCAUUUCCUGAUAGUCGGUGUCACAGAAGAAAUGUUAGACUUCAUAACAGUGUUAGAAGCGGCGCUACCAAGAUUUUUCAAAGGCGCCACAGAACACUACCUAAGCAGCAAUAAGUCGCAUCUAAGACAGACCAGUUCAAAAAUAGAACCUAAUUUGUUGACAAUAGAGAAAAUACAACAGUCGUCUAUAUGGAGAAUGGAGAAUGAAUUGUACGAGUUUGCACUUGAAAAUUUCAGGUUUGUUAAGAAGAAAAUGUUGGUAGGCGACAGCAGUGGUGUCGCGCAAACGUACUUCUACGAGAAGAUUAGGCCUAAAUGAGAGGUACUUAGUGUGUACUAGUUAAAUUUGUAAUGCGAUAGUUAAAUAUAUUAUGUACUCGAUUUUUUUUAAAGCGAGAUAUGGUAAAUAUUUUAAUAAGAACAGCCAACAUCUGCUUUACAAGUAGCGAACCAACUUUUUUAUGUUUAUUGUUUUAAUUUGUUGAACACUUAUUUUUAAAUGUAUCAUGUUUGAGAAGAUCAGUCAAGAUAUUUUAACUAUUACAGUCAAUUUUACAACACCCGAAAUAGUUAAAAGCAAGUUAGAAAGUGGACUUCUUCUUCGUCGUACUAAGUAUUUGGUCUAAAUAUUCCGUAGAUAUAAUAAUGCGCGUGCGUCGAUUUUUCGCUCAUUUUCUAAUUAUACGGACCAUGUUGGCGCUACUCCGAGAGGCUUCACAUUGAAAUAAGUAAUUUAUAACGCGCACAUUAAGGUGAAAUUUUCUAAAUUAAAUUUAUACCAUGAGGGCUCAUCGUUUUUUGAAAUUCAACCUAAAUCUUUACUACAUGAAGCUGAAAUUUCAUUGCUUCGGUAUCUAAGGGGCCUAUUGCUGAUAAAACUCCACUUGUUAAUUUUUAUGGUAAUUAUUUUUAAUAUAAUGUUAUCGACACUGACCGUGUGACGUUUAGCCUAUUAACUGGGUCUUAUAUACCUAAAUCAUUAUAUUAUCAUGGCUUUAAAUAAAAUAUUAAUUUAUUAUAGUUGUGUACUCAAUAUAUAUGUAUAGUUGAUAUAGGAAAUAAGAUUUUAUACUUAUAAUUAAGUUGAAUUAAUAUGGUAAGAAUAGAUUUUUUUAGGAGUGCGAAUUUAUUAUUAUCGUAAUGGUUUUUUAACAAUAUUAUUAAGCGUUGGAUUAUAUCGUUAUAAAUGUUCAUAAAACGACGAACAUUAAAAUUUAGAAUAUUUUAUAGGAAAAGUUGUUCGGUAUGCAGCCAGUACUUUGAAGAUUUUUGCAAAUAAAAUUCAUACAUAACUUUUGUGAACCAUUAAGAUGAAAAAUAAUGUUUUUUUAUCUUAGGAAAUUUGAUGUUAAAAAAUAACACGUUAACUGUCUAAGAGCUGUAUGCGCACUCUAGGUAUACUGAGAACUCUAUGGUAAAUACGUACUUACUCUAAGUAUUUAAUAUAACAAAAAUAAAUUCAAUUAGUACUUACACCACAAGAGCAUAUACAAUAUUAUUUUUAAGGUUGCAUUUUAUUAAAUAUCUGUAAGGUAUGUUAAAACCUCUUUGGUUAUUCGUGUAAUUUUAUUUUUUUUACACAAUUUUAUGCUGCUUUGUAUAUUUUGGUAUAUGCUUAUUUUUUUUUACGAAAAUAGUUAUUUCAUUAACCAGUUAUAUUAUUUUUAGAAAAAAGCAGCUUAGUAGAGAUAGUCUUGGCUUAAAUUAUGCGCUUUCUACUUACGAGUUCCUUGUAGUUAGGAGUUUUUAUAAAAGAUUCUAUUUAAUUUAUCGCCAAAUUAUAACACAAUGUUUGUCACAUAGGUAUUUAUAAUCGACUGUGCUAUUAUUAUCUUAUUAUUUAUAAUUUUGUGUCUUUUAGAGACAUUACCCAAUUUGUUGUUAAUAAUUUGAUAAAUUUAUCUUGUAAAUCAACGUUUCACUUCUGUGGAAUAAUCUUUAGCCUAAGGCCUUUUAGCCUAUCUGCUUCAAAUCAAAUCGUUCUAGUAUUUUUAAUUCCACUUUCAAUUUCCUUUGUAAUCUCGCUCUCAUUUCCUUCAGGAAGGACGAAACCUUGCAUUCCUUGCAUUUUUUUACAAACAAAUUUCUUAACAUCCUACCUUUUAUAUCUUUAGCUCACAUUCUUUUAUACAGCUAACAGCAUAGAACUACCAUACAAUGAAUUCAAUUCAAAUUCAAAAUUUUUAUUCAUUAUUAUAGGAUACUUCAUAUCGCUUAAUAAUUGUCAAAAAAAUAAUUAUAAAAGUAGUUUUGAUAUGACACGAAAUUUAAGGCAAGUCUAUCUCUUAUUUUUUGUCAAGGCUCAUUUUGAGUUAACGAUGUGUUUAUUACUUAAGCUUGUGAUAUUUUUAAUCCAUCCAGCACUUGUUAAAUCUGUUUCAACUUUCAAUAUUAUUUUGUUGAUCGUGUACAUUGAAUUUUUAAUGUUUUAUUUGUUUAAGCGCGGAAGAUCUAAUUUUCUAAAAGUGUAUUUUUCAUAGCUACAAGGGCAACCUGUGGAGAUACUCACGGUAAGAUGAGAUGACUUAUAUGGACCUUUUUAGUAUUGGUAUAGAGGGAAAUGAUAGGACGCCGUGAAUAGCUAGCCCUCGGGCCUUAUAUGUGUUGUGCACGUUGUCAUUUUCAUGCGCUUAAAGUCGUUAAAAUGAUUUUAUUGAAUGAGAAAGCAUUUGUUUGAAGUAUUUCGCUUCAAAUGUUAUCUCAAUACUGAAACAUCGUGACGGCCUGAAUAUAUUUCUUCAGAACGUAAUAAAAAUGCGAUGGCCACGUGCCUUCUGUAUCAAAUCGACUAAUGUGGCGCCAUCUUUACACAAAAAACUGCAAUGGCAAGAAAUCUAAUUACAAAAAAAUCUUAAAAAAAUUUCUAUGGAUCUAAGCAUAAAUAAAACCUCCGUCUGAACGUCUUCGCGUCGUCUCGCGCGGUUCCCCAGGUUUAACAUCCAACCUGGCGGAAGAUAUUCCUUUUACGUGACGGUUGAGCCUGACGCCUUGUUUAUUAUGUAAUUAAAACAUACAGUGAUUUCGUAGGCACCAGUUCGUGAUGAUUUUUUACAUACCUAGUCUAUUAGCGCGGAUAAUUCUUUUCGAAAAUAAGCUCUUAUGCGUCUAAACAGUUUUUGUGAGAAAAUGGUAUAAAGGGAAUCUGAUUAUUAUAAUUGUGCAAGUUGUAAGAAUUUUAUGUAUGACAUUUGAAAGAGAUGUUGUAUAAAUUAUUGAAUAAACCAUUUUACAGUUUA